UUCAAGUGGAAGUGGAAACAUGCUAGAAACAGCUGGAUGAAAUGAGGGGAUUUGUGACCUUUGGCUACAAACAAAAAAGGAGCGAGAUGGACCAAAGGGAUUAGAUUUACAUGCCUGGGUCUCCUGUUUUGAGUCAAUCCAUUCCCCUUAGUUUCCAAGCGAGCCCUCUGGGCUGUGUUUCUGUGUUAAUUCUUGAGAAGCAUGCGAGUUCACUUCCUUGGACUGGAGUCUGCGUAUUUGCCUUAUUUCAGUGUUUAGAUAUUUCAAUUUCAAUUUUGACGCUCAUAACGAAGAAGGGAUCCCUCGGGAGCGGGGACGCGGGCUGCGCGCUCGUCCACGGGGAAAGCACGCGCAGCGGCGCGCAGUGCGGGGGGGGGGCUCACGUGGCCGGCCGUCCAUUUCCAGUCCGGGUCACCGCUUACUGCGUCUGCGCAGCUCCUUCCUCCGCUCGCUGGAGUCGUAACUGCGAUUGUUUCGGCGCCAGCGUUUUCAUUUCACGACAGCUACAUUCGGUUGUGAGAGACAUACAUAUAUAUUCUUUUCGCCAUGGCCAGAUAUUUGCGGCCUCCUAAUACGUCUCUUUUUAUCAGGAAUAUCUCCGACGAAUCCAGGCCUGAGGAUUUACGUCGUGAGUUUGGUCGUUAUGGGCCAAUAGUAGAUGUCUACAUUCCAGUUGACUUCUAUACUCGACGAUCCAGAGGAUUUGCAUACAUUCAGUUUGAAGAUGUCCGUGAUGCAGAGGAUGCCCUUCACAACCUGGACAGGAAGUGGGUGUGUGGCCGUCAAAUUGAGAUCCAGUUUGCCCAGGGAGACCGAAAAACUCCCAAUCAGAUGAAGAUGAAAGAGAGAAGGUCCCCGCGGAGUUUCUCCCGCUAUGAUGAUUACGAUCGAGACGCCAGGCGCCGAAGGUCUCGGAGCAGGAGUUAUGAAAGGAGACGGUCCAGAAGCCACUCGUAUGAGAGGAGGCCGAGGAGGUCCGAAAGCCCCAGAGACUCCCGUGGACGAUCUCAUGGGAAACACAGACGAAGCAAAAGUCAAGAAAAUGACAGGUCAAGAUCAAAAACUAAGAAGGAGACCAAGGUCAAGUCAAGGUCCAGAUCCAAGUCCCUGACCCCAGCAGGGGAAGAUUUCCAUCCCGCCUCAAACUCGCGGUCCAGGUCCGAGUCUCAGAAGGAUUCCGGACUGAGAUCUCCAUCGAGGUCACGCUCCAGAUCUCUGUCGAGAUCACGGUCCAGAUCACGGUCAUGGGCGGGUCGGAAAUCUGGCGGCCAUUAGACGGAUGUCCUGCUCGUUUGCUUACAUUUUGUUUUUUACUUCAUGUGACACUGAGUAUCGACAAAAAAAAAACAUCUUUCAAAUAAACAUUGGUUCAGCCUCUGUAGAAGACAAGCUACAGUAUUCUUUUUAUAUAUAUAUAGUUGAAUUGUGGUCUGUUGUAUUGCUUUUGUGUUUCAGCUUUCAGUUUUAUAAAGACCACAGAAAUGGUAAAGAUGAGAACCUGUUGCUGUAACGCAAGCGUAUAAAUUGAAGUAUUAAAGUGAGCAUUGUUUCUGGAACAAACUGGUGUGUAAAGGAUAGAGUCAAAGUUGGGACUAGAGAGCGUAUUUGUACUAUUAUCCCUUUUCUAUUCAUGAUACUAUUGAUGGUAGCCCACUUUUACUCUAACCUCUAUGAUGUUUGGUUUCUUGUGUGCAAAUGUAAAUUAUAUUCAUGUGUUUGUAUUUAUCACCACAUCUUUGACUAUUCUUAGAGGCCUGUAGGAUUUUCCUUGUUUAAUGAAAAGUGUUUUACAGCUGUGUGAUCUGUUGUCAACACUUAAAGGGCUGCUCAGUGCUAUAUUGUCAAACUAUAUAUCUCCCAUUCCCUGUUAGCCCUAAUAUUCUGUUCUGUUUGCUAUAGUGUUUUCUGGAGUGCAGUUUAUGAUUAACAAUGGGGCCUAGAGAAGGCAUAUUCUGGGUACGGCAUGCACAGGAAGAGUAGUGAUCUCAGCCCCCCAUAUUUCACCUGUGAACUGAGUAGCUCUCUAAGGAACUGCUUGCCUUCUGGUCAGUUUGCUCAAUUUAAACAAAACCAUGGUCUUCCAGUGAAAAAUGGGAUUUUAUUUCAUUAUAAUGCUACUGCAGAACUGCUGUUGUGACAAGUAUUCUCUUCAUUGUACCUGUUACAGUGACCCAAACUCUGUAAAGGAAUUAUUGGAAACCUGUAGAGAAAAUCUUGUUGGCUGUGCUUAAUUUUGGCUACCCCAUAGGCAAAAGGGAGAUGGAGUUGCAGUUUCAAUAAUUUAGAUUUUUUCUUUAUACCUGUGUUUUUAGUUUUGCUGGGUCACAGAUUUGCAGUGUUCUAGUCGUGUUUUCAUGUGCUGACAUUUGGACAUCUUCCCAGGUUUGUGACACAUUGGUUUAUCAGUAACCAAUGAAAACUGAAACGGGGUUUUAAAAAUAUGAGCUUCUAAUUUAUGGCUACAGCAGUAAAAGUGAUGGCUGAUUGUUUUCGCCAAUGAAGGGAAGCAGAGCCUACGUUUUGUCUUUUAAGAACAAGUGCAUCACAGUUAAAUAUGUAAUUUUGUGUUUUUAUGUAGACAGCCAGCUUUUGGUUUUGAAACCUUUUUAGAGUGCAUAGAUAUAAUGGGAAAUGAUUUAUGCAAUAACUUCUUUUACAGCCAGUCAAGAUUUGUCUUUACAAUUUCUUCCUACAGGCUUUGAAUUAUAUCUCAAAUAGAUGUAGACACUUCUUUUGUAUUCUACAGACUGUGUACAUGGUGUUUUCCUUAUAUACAAGGAGUCACAGCCUGUAUGUUUCUUUUGAGGGGUGCGGGCGAAGUCAAUGUUAGAGUUACAUUGAAAAAACUAGCUGCUUCCUUGAUGGUUUGUAUAUACAGUACUGCCCUAUAACGGUCUAGAGCUGACUUCUGUAACUCUUAACAUUUUAUAUUAUCAACAUACAAUAAAAGUUUUGCUUGACAAUUU